GACGGCCAUGUUUCGGACUUGUGUUCUUAUAUGUUUAUUGAAUGGAGUUGCUUUAAGCACCAAAAAAGAGGAAAAACUAUCAAUAGUUUCGCAUGGGUAUGCUAUAUCCCAGGCUCACAUGUUGCCAUUGUUGAGUCUGAGGGAAGAGGCGACUAGGAACCUAAGAAACUAUGCAACAGUUUUAACAAAGCGGUUAACCCAAGUCAAACUGGCAAUUAAGCAAUUGGAGGCUCUCGUUAAGUCAAAACCUUCGUCCAAUACAUUACUCACCUUCAAACAGACCCGAAUAUUUUAUAUUGACUGGCGAAAAUGGUUAAGUUUUGUAAAGGAAAAACACGGUUAUGAGGAAAUUUCCAAAUUACAAAGUUUACGACACAUUAUGCCCACGAAAAUUGACUAUGACGAGGCUCUUUAUGGCAUAUAUCGCCUUCAAUCAACUUACAGACUCGAUCCGGCUGAAAUGUCAGUUGGUUUGCUAAGAGGAAGGAAGUAUAGAUGCAAAAAAUUCCAUGCUGUGGAUUGCCUCAUGAUAGGCUCAGUAUAUUAUUUGAACGAGGACUUCCAGGAUGCAGAGCGUUGGUUCCAGUUGGCUUUAGAAAAAUACCACAGUGAUCCGAACUCGAAACAAUUUGAUAUAUUUGGAUGGUCCGACGAUUUUAUUUUGAAGCUGCUAAUGAAGGCAGCUCAGAGCUCUGGCCGAUUUAAGGCCGCUUUGGAAUAUGCCGAACAAGCGUUGGUUAUCGACCGUAGCCACAGUUUUUGGCAACAACAAGUCCCUAGGCUCAAAAACUUGAGUUUGACACCCGAACAUCCGAAACGGGAAAAAAUCAGUAAAUAUCUAUUUAAGCCGGCUUGUCGCAUGGAAUUUCCCGCUAAGAAAUAUUUGCGUUGCCAUCUUUUAUUUUCCUCGCCGUUUCUUCAGUUGGCACCCAUAAAAGUGGAGGAGCUAAACCUCGACCCACCUAUAAAUAUUUAUCACAAUCUCAUCCAUAACGAGGAAAUUUUUUGGAUUAAGACUCUGUCAAAUCCGCACCUGAAGCGCAGUACCAUUUUCAGCUCCUCUAAACAACCGAUUGAAGAUUUUUCUAAUAUUCGGACUUCCAAAACUAUGCAUUUAAACGAUGAUGCUCAUAAGUUAAUUAAGAAUUUGAAUCAACGUGUAAUGGAUGCCACAGGCUUAAGUGUGAUGGAGUCUGAGGAUCUGCAGAUUAGUAACUAUGGCAUCGGUGGACAUUUUUCUGAGCACCAGGACUCUGUACCACCAACUGAUGGUAAAUUUCGGAUCUCCGGCAACCGCAUUAUUACAGCAUUGUAUUAUCUAAGCGAUGUAGAGCUGGGCGGUGAAACUGUAUUUCCCUUCUUGGACCUAAGAGUCCCCGCACAAAAAGGAUCCUUGGUGGUGUGGUACAAUCUUUUUUUAAAUGGAACCAGCGACUGGAGAGUUGUACAUAUAUCUUGUCCCAUUUUGAUGGGGGAUAAGUGGAUUGCCACCAAAUGGUUGCGGGAAUAUCCCCAAAUGUUUAUUCGGCCUUGUCCAUUAAAGAUGGAGCCAUUGCCUGAAUAUAGUGGUAAUACUUUUUAAAAUAAGUAUUUAAAGGAAAAAUUUUAAAAACCAUUUUGUUUAGUCUAUAAGGAAGUUA